GAAGCUUGUCAGCGCUCCAUCUGGCGCGUGUAUAAGUAAGCUUCACGUCCUCCCGCGUGUGAAGCUUGUGCCUUCUUGUCAAUCACACCGUCGAAGAUGCAGCUCCCCUUGUUCACAGCGGUACUCGCUGCGACAGCAUCAGUCUGCAGUGCAGCAACCAUUGACAAGCGUCAGAACGGCUUCAAUAAUCCUCAGUUCGAGAAUGGCCAGCCCAUCAAUGGUCAAGGAAAAGGAGGCAUCAUCUCAGGCGGCACAAACAAAGAGCUGGACCUGCAAAAUCCUUCCAACCUAGGACAACAAAGUACCGAUGCUGGCUUCGUGCCAAACCUCAAAUGGUCGUUCUCAGACUCCAAGACCCGUAUCUUCAAUGGCGGCUGGGUGCGCGAGCAGGUCAUCAACGACUUGCCCGCGAGUCAUGACAUUGCCGGUGCCCAGGUGCAUUUGAACAAGGGUGCUAUUCGCGAGUUGCAUUGGCACCGCACCGCGGAAUGGGGCUACGUUUACGCAGGGAGCUUCAUAAUCUCUGCUGUCAACGAGGAGGGCAAGUAUGAGGUCGAUACGCUUGAGGUCGGCGAUAUCUGGUAUUUCCCCAAGGGCCAGGCGCACUCGAUUCAGGGACUGGAAGAUGCGAAUGAGUUUCUGGUUAUUUUCGACGAUGGGGACUUUGAGAAAGUCGGAACAACGUUCAUGAUCGAUGACUGGAUCAGUCACACACCCAAGUCGAUCCUCGCGAAGAACUUCGGCGUUAACGAGACCGUUUUUAACAGUGUGCCAAGUCCCUUCCCGUACAUCACCAACGGUACCGUGAGCACGCAGCAGAACAUCACUGGUCCCGCUGGCGCGCUUGUCGGGAACAGCUCGUACGUGUACCACUCACAGGACCACGAGCUGGAGGCCGUGCCGGGCCAAGGAGGUACCUUCCGCAAGGUUGACAGUACGACUUUUCCUAUUGCAAAGACAAUCGCCGCGGCUAUUGUCACAUUGGAGCCGGGUGGUCUCCGUGAGUUGCAUUGGCAUCCGAAUGCUGAGGAAUGGUUGUAUUUCCACCAAGGCCACGCGCGGGCCUCGGUGUUCAUUGGAAACUCGAAUGCUCGUACGUUCGACUUCUCGGCUGGUGACACGGCUGUGUUCCCGGACAACAGUGGGCAUUACAUUGAGAACACGUCCGACACUGAGGAGCUGGUCUGGAUUGAGAUCUACAAGAGCGAGCGAGUUGCUGAUAUUUCGUUGACGCAAUGGCUUGCGCUGACGCCUCAUGAUAUAGCGGCGACGGUAUUGAAGGUGCCUGUCGAGGUGAUUGAAAAUUUGAAGAAAGAGAAGCAGCUAUUGCUGAAGGGCAGCUAAGAGAGCCUAAUGUUGAUCGUUAGUAAGUGAUAGUUUCGCAAUCAUGUGUCAGUGUAGCCACAAGAUCAGACAAACAGUAGUAAUAGCUGCGCAUUAUAGCCUUUUUAAUAACUCAAGAUAUAUUCGAAUUGUUGACCAUUCGAGCUUCAGUCCUCAAAUCAUACGGAAUAGAGAGAACUUCAUGGACAUCGUCUAUCAAUCAGUCAUGUAUUGGUCGUUACCAUGGCGAAUAGAGGUAGACUCUUUGAAGUUUAUGAGAUGCCGAGUGCCGUUGACGCAUCCACCAGACCAACAAAACCCUAUGCCAUGCCACACGAGUUGUUCAGCCACGAAAUUUUCUGGUUAUAUCCGGAACCUUGAAGUUCUACUAAUUACGUGUAAAAUCUAGACACUGAUUCGUGCGCUAAGACAUGCAUGCCUAUGCAG